CCUACUAUCAUAGCAGGACCGCGAAAAGGAGGAGAUCAACCUACUUUAUACGUGCUACAUCACUGUAACUUUGAAAAAUCUGCAUUAGCCUAUUGAUUCUCAGAAAACUUUAUCAAAUGGCCACAGACAAAAUUGCAAGGGUGUGAUUCAAGUGUGAUGUGGAGUACUUUUUUUUAAUCUUUUUUUUUGGAAAGUAGUUGUGUUUGUAUUCAUCCAUCUGCCCAGGCGUGGUUUAACUGAGUUUCGAAGUUGAAACUGUAACUGGAUAUUUAAGCGGGGGAGCGGUGAGCCCGGGUUUAUCGAGAGAUGGAAAGAACAUGAAAACAGGUGUGGUGGCCUUAGCGGCGGCCCAGAAUGCCUUUGGUGAAGAGGAGCGUGGGCCCCAGGCACCUGUGCCACACGGCGCUGCCGGCGGGCGUGAGGAACGAGCUGGAAUGCGUCUCCAACAUGUCCCUGUCCAACGUCAUCCGACAGCUCAGCAACCUCAGUGUGUAUGCGGAGGAACUUUUUGGGGAGCUGUUUCAGGAGGCGCACUCCUUGGCAUUACGGGUGAGCUCUCUGCAGGGGCGGAUCGAUCACCUGGUUAUCAACAUCACACACCUGGACCCCAGGGAGGAGGAGGUAUCCCUGCAGGAUAUCACCAUGAGGAAGGCUUUCCACAGCUCCACCACACAGGACCAGCAGCUGUUCAACCGCUGGACGCUGCCUCUUCCUCUACAAGAGACCUUUGACCUGUGUGAACAGCCACCACCCCUCAAUAUCCUCUCCCCGUACAGGGAUGAUGGGAAGGAGGGACUGAAGUUCUACACAAACCCCUCCUACUUUUUCGACCUGUGGAGAGAGAAGAUGCUGCAGGACAUGGAGGACAAGAGGAAGGAGAAGAGGAAACAGAGGCUGAAACAUGUUGACACCCCCCCAGAGCUGGAAAGGGUUCCUCGUGCCCCCCAUGACAGGCGGAAAGAGUGGCAGAAGCAAUCCCAGGGCCCCGAGCUGGCCUGGGGGGAGGACGACCCCCAGGGGGAUCACAGACACAGAGACAUGUCCAACUGCUCCAUCACCCGCCCCGACUCCAGACCAUCUCGGCAUAUGGAGCAUAUAGAGGGUGGGCCGUUCUCCCUGGCUACCCCCCAUUACGGCCAAAUGGACACGCCCCACUAUGGAGGCGAUGACGGAAUGUACACCCCACCCCCUGAGCCCCCGCCUGUGGUCCCUCCCCCUGCACCACCCACCUCCUCGCACACUGUCGGAGACGUCAGCACACCUGCUGCGCUUAGCUCCAGGCACAGCAGCAGACAUCCUCAGGAUUCUGCUGGGAUGUCUGUGUUCCUUAACCCAAAUGCCCCUCCCCCACCCCCACUGCCCCCUCAGACACCCCCAUUACCCUCCGCCCUCGCUGGCUCGACCAUGCGGAGCACCGCCCCUCCCCACAUACCCCUCCCUCCAGACCAGCCCCCUGCAGUCCUGCCCCCAUCAACUCCCCUUCAGACUGGCCCAGGGGUCCUGCACCCCGCCCCUCUUCCUGUAGCCCCUCCCCUGCAGCCAGCAACCCCUGCCCAUCUCCCACAGGCCUCAGAGAAUGACCCACCCCCCUCCCAGACAGACGAGAUGAUCCCAGCCCCCUCUCCUCCCACUCUGCCCCUCCCAGGGGGCAUCUCCGGUCCCUCUCCCAUGCCCCUUCCCACAGGUCCGCCCACAGAACCCCCCUCAGCCCCACCCACAGACCCGCCCCCAGGCCUGCCUCCUGUGUCUUCUCUGUCAUUAGGCCCCGCCUCCUCUCCACACAUGCACACGGGACACGAAGUCAAGCUCCACCACUCCAGCCUGCCCGUCAUCAGUGAGGCCAGGAGCGCUCUUCUAAAGGCAAUACUCAAAGGUAUUCAGCUGCGCAAGGUGGAGGAGCAGCUCGACCAAGAGAACAAGCACAAGCGCGUGGGCAACGAUGUGGCCACCAUCCUGUCUCGGCGAAUCGCUGUGGAGUACAGCGACUCAGAGGAGGGCUCGGAGUUCGACGAAGUGGACUGGCUGUAGAGGGCUGCAUUCUGCCCUGCGUAUUCCGCAGUUUGGAAACAACACCGCCAACUGAUGUCUCUAAGUUGCCUUUAAGAGGAAAACUCCAAAAAGCAAACUCUUCUGCAAUUCUUUUCAGUGCUGAAUAGAAGAUGGUGAAAAUUGACUUGAAGUUUUCUAUCGCCACCCGAUGUUGACAAAUGGUAUUGAAGAGCGGUGGUUGAAGAGAGUGUGGUUUUUCUACUUUUCUUUGGUUUUUGGUGUUUUUUUUAGAUGUGCAGUAAUAUCUAGAGUAAGCCAA